UAGAAGAUAAAAUCACUAUUUCAUUCAAGUUUUGAUUGAUUGAGACGGAGAAAAAAAAACAAAGAAAGGAUCACAGAUUCACAGUCUAUCAAUUACAGCCGCAAGAAUUGGGCCGAAGAAGAUCAAAAGCUCCUAACUUUGGAGCUUGAAAGCGAUAGUGCACUGUACACUGGGCUCCAGAUAAAGGUUGGAUAUAAUUAAGGCUCCAAAAAGAUGGAGAAUUGUAAUGGAUCACUGGCUGUUAAUGGAGGAGCGGGUGAUUCUUCGGGCCUCCAGAUUAUCAAGCACCCGUUGUACCAUGGCUGCAACAAACCAUCACUUUCUUGGCUUGAUAUUCGGGUGUUCUAUAUCAGAUUCAGUAGUUUCAUGGCAGAGGGUUCAACCCCUGAGAGCCUCACUGUAAAACAUUUACCUCUAAGCCCUGAUACACUCCUUGAAGUGAACGGCGCAAGGUGGUGUUCAAUGUACCCAGAAGGAGGAUCUUGCAUUUUGAGAAGAGACCGCGUGGACAAGAAAUCUGAAGAAACCACAUUUGUGAGCACAGACAGUGUAAGGCUAACAGGGAGUGUGAAGUUCUUGGUUUUUGACCGAGAUGAUCUUGUGCUUUCUGGGGUUUUGGAGGUGAAUGGUGGGGAGUCGAAGAACAGCAUGAGAAAAUGGAGCAUGAAUUGCGAAACAAUGAUGAGUGCAGGGUGUGGGUUCUCAAAGGGGAAACAGAUAAAUGGUUCUGAAUCGCAUCAGCCUCCAACAAUUGAAGUUUUUGUUACUGGAUGUUUUUCUGGGACACCUAUCAUCUUAACCAAAAGUUUGCAGCUUCUUAAUAACAGGAAAAAGCAUCAUAGGAAUGGGAUGUUGGGCUCAAUUCCUGAAGAUGGAACAUAUGGUGCACAAAAACAUGAUGUCUCUUCUGGACUUGAUCAUCUGCAGGUAACAGAAUCAAACAGUAGCUAUAAACCAGAAUGUGAAGAAGACGACUAUAACAACACAUACUGGGGAGUGACAGAAGAUUUGGAUGGGGAAGAUGGGGAACUCUCAUGGUUUAAUGCAGGGGUGAGAGUAGGAGUUGGGAUUGGCCUUGGGAUUUGCGUGGGUGUUGGAAUUGGGGUCGGUUUACUAGUCAGUACCUACCAGUCCGCUACACGGGGCUUCAGAAGGCGGUUUGUAUGAAAAGAGAUGAGUGGACAACAUAAGGAACAUUUUUCCUUUGGUAGAUGUGUUGUUUGGCUAACCUUUCAUUUUUCCUGUUUUUGUGUUGUACUUUUCAGCCAAGUUUUUUUCUUUCUAUUUAGACUUGUUUCAGCUGGAUGUUGCUGAGUAUUGAACUCAAAUUCAUGGAACGAAUGUACAAUAACAAAAAAAAAAAAAAAACCUUGCAUUGGG